AUGGAAGUGAUGCAAGUUCUUCAUAUGAACAAAGGAGAAGGGGAAACCAGCUAUGCCAAGAAUUCAAUUGUGCAGAGGAAGAUAAUAUCAGUUGCAACUGUAAUAAUCCAGGAAGCAGUGGAAGAGUGUCUGGAAAAGAAUUUCCCAGAUAGCAUGGGAAUUGCUGAUUUGGGAUGUUCAUCUGGACCUAACACUCUAAUGGUAAUUUCUGAUAUCAUAGAUACAAUAUAUGCCACAAUUAACCAAAAGGGAAUUCCAUUGCCGGAGUUAAGGGUUUCAUUGAACGAUCUUCCCGGUAAUGAUUUCAAUAACGUAUUCAUCUCUUUUCCGGAGUUCUACAAUCAACUCAAAACGGAGAAGAACAUUGGGCCAGAAGGGUGCUUUAUUUCAGGUGUGCCUGGCUCUUUUUAUGGGAGAUUGUUUCCUAAAAAGAGUCUACAUUUUGUUCACUCUUCUUCAAGUCUCCACUGGCUUUCUCAGGAAGUGAGAUCUGAAGUAGAAGAAGAAGGUUCAUUCACCAUUAAGUGUCUUGAGGCCUUCGAGAGUGAAUGGGAUGGGGGUGCUCCAAUCAAUAAUAAUUUCCAAAAAUACAAUAAUAAAAUCGAAAAUUAUAAUUUAUCAAGGGGUCAGCAAGUGGCUAAAACAAUUAGGGCUGUGGUUGAAUCAAUGCUGGAAGUCCAUUUUGGAAGAGAAACCAUGGAUGAAUUGUUUAAAAGAUAUGCAGAGAUGGUUGGUGAUUAUUUUUCCAGAACUACAGCAAAAUACGUUGACUUGGUAGGCUUAGGACAGGUUGUCGACUUUGUUGAGUUCACUAUUUCCUUCAGUCCUAAAAUGGGACAAACUAAUGGGGUUUCAAAAUGCGCUGAACUUGGUUUGCCUUUGGUGGUUGGUCGAAAUGAAGAGAGAACCUUUGCACACAUAAGAAUAAACCAUAGAGUAAGGUUGAUAAAGCUUGGAAUAGUGGUUUGUUUUCAGCCGAGGGCAGAGAGGUCCUAG